CUAACUUUUGUGCGGUGCUUAAGAACCAACAUAAGUUCUGCAGUUAUAUCCAACGAUACUUAACUGAGAUGGAUACCAUGAAAUAGUUCCCCAAUUAAGCUAUUUGGUUGCUUUAUCGUUGAUCUCAUUGAUGGAUUUGGUUACUAUGAAUUCUUGCUGGAAGUUGAAGUCUUCUGCUUUCACAUUCCUCACUGAUUCUAGCGCUUCAUGUUUCAAAUUUUGUGCCUCAUGUUAUUCACCAGGGCUCAUCCCCAGUUUAUUGCACAGUAGAUAUAGUAGACCUGAUAUUAGAGCUUUCGCAAGUCCAGUCAAGAAAUCAAGAAUAAAACGCAGAAAAAUAAAAGAGAACACUACAUUACCCGAGAAACUUGUGCUGGAUGAUUGUAACAUAGAGGAUGAGUUGCAAGACAAAAAUGGCACACCCACUUCAGAUGUAGGGGAGGUUGAGAAUUCUCAAACAGUCCCAUCUAGGAGCUCUGUGCUUCAAGCAUGCACUAUUACCUCUGGUUUAAUAUGCCUUUUGGGUUUUCUGAUUCGUCAGGCCUCUCAUUUUGCAUCAACAGAAGGAUUGCCAGUUGCAGACUGCUCUGUUGAAAUUUCUUGGGAUUUUCAGAUGUGGCAUCUUGAGUUGAUUACUGGGCUGGUUAUAAUAGUAUCCUCAUGCCGAUAUUUACUGUUGAAAACUUGGCCAGAUUUUGCUGAAUCCAGUGAAGCAGCAAAUAGACAGGUUCUUACUUCUCUUGAACCUUUGGAUUACAUUGUCGUGUCGUUUCUUCCUGGAGUUAGUGAGGAGUUUCUUUUCCGUGGUGCACUUUUGCCUCUCUUUGGUGCCAAUUGGCCAAGUGCUCUGGCCGUUGCUGCAGUCUUUGGAAUAUUGCACUUGGGCAGCGGCCGAAAAUAUUCAUUUGCAAUCUGGGCGACAUUUGUGGGGCUUGCCUAUGGCUAUGCUACAAUUUCAACAUCAAGCAUUAUUGUGCCAAUGGCUGCUCACGCUCUGAAUAACUUGAUCGGAGAUUUUCUCAAUGUUGCUGCGUUACAACCAGUAUGCCAACUUAGCGUAUUGUUUUGUUUGACGCCCCGUAACUCUUCCUCAGCCAGGCUUGGGCAGAAUAGCAGAGCAAGUACAAGUAUUAGUAGCAUAACAAAAAAGCCUUCCUCGUCAUUAAUAUGUUUGCUCGGAACUCUCGGGAGAAUCGAUGACUGCAUCUUUGAUGCAUCUGAUAAUUCUGAAUUGGCUAGUUGUAAAUAGCCCCAGGGCUAUGGAACAAAGGAUUAUCCCGGAACUAGACCGAGGUAGUGUAUAUGUAUUUAUGGUUA